AUGUUCGCAAAGGCGGUUCUCCUCAGCGCACUCGCGGCCUGCGUCGCCGCGCAGAGCAAAGUCCUGUUCUUCACACACGUCCCGAACCCCAUCACCGAUGGCGAGGCUGCAGCGAUCACCUUCUCGACCAACGACACCGAGAGCCCCAUCACUAUCAUCCUGCGGCAAGGACAGCAGGGUAACCUGCAGACGGUCAUGACGCUCACGGAGGAUGCUGAGGAUAGCGUGUUCAUCUGGACGCCUCCCAAGUCGAUCCCGAAUGGGGUGGAUUAUGCGCUUCAGAUCUCGCAAGCCAACCAGACCAACUACUUCGGUCCGUUCACCAUCCAGGGCGCGAGCCCGGCAGCCGUCUCCUCAGCUGCAGCCAACACGUCUACCUCCGCCGUCACUACCGCGACCACCACCAUCGGCAGCGCGGCUUCAAUGGGAACCGGCACGACAAUGCACCGCAACACCACCAUGAGCUCGCCCAGCCUCACCGCCACGAAGAAGACCACGACGACCAAGGCCACGACGAAGACAACUGCAGGCGGCGGCGCCUCAUCCUCGGCCGGCGCAGGCUCCCAGGGUAGUUCGACGUCGGGUGCAGCAGGCCCGGACAACACCAACGCUGCGUCGUCGGACUUCAACGGCGGUAGCAGUCUGGCGCUUGCGUUUGGCGCGGUGGCUGCGGUGUUCUACCUGGUAUGA